AGCGUCCGUACCUGAUUCAGGAUCCCUUCAACGGUAUCAGCCCUAAACCAACACAAGAUCGUCAUCCGGACGAUCACCGUUAUCUACGUCCUUUCUCUAAAUCCUUCCUUUCAUCACCCGAUCCCUUUUGAACACGAAACCUAUAUUUAAAUCGGAAUAAAGCAAAAGGACGGCACUCUCAGCCUAACCGCCUUAGAAGAAGGAAGCUUUCGUUUCUCUUAACUUCUCUUCAAUCCGAAGUGAUAGUUUCGCUAACUGGCGCCCGAAUAGGGACCUGAAGUCAAAGUGAGGUGAUUUAAAAUACCAACCCUGCACAAACGACGAAGGACCACUUUCGAUCUGCACUCGAAGACAUCUCUCUCCGAAGAAGCCUAGGACCCGUAGUAGGCAGAGCCCAAAAGGACCACCCGAAGCAUCGAGCAGCCGAAAUCAGAACCUGGAACAUGAUCUUCGUGAUAGCGAUACUGGCAUUCCUAUGCCAUGCCGAGGCACAAAAUAUAGCGACGAAUAACAAUGAAUUAUUGUUUAUAAUAAGUUGUCCUAGAUUAAGCGAAAACAUACUGAACAAAAUCCAAGUCUAUGGCAUAAAUAACAUAGGAAAACAGAUCCACGUUCCUCAUCCCUAUUACCUUUCCCAUAAAUCGCAAAUGUUUACUGUCGCAUCACUGGAUAAGGACUUUUAUAAUACGGAAGAUCUACAAGAAGACAACUCGUCGUGCAUACCGGCAAUUAUGAAGGGACAACCAGCAUCUAGCGAUUUUGUAUCGAAUCCACCAACACAAGAAGUUCAUCCGUUUGGUUCACAUCUGAUACUACGUGUGGCAUACAAAAGAGAAACCUUACUGGCUCAUUCAUCGUCACAUAUGAAGAUUUAUCCUCUUCUCUUCUCGUGGAAGGGAUAG